ACAGUGCGCGCUACGCGAUAUUCCUUGACGGUUAUAUGUGUGUUAUUAUUAUUAAUUGUGUUUUUAUAUAUAAAUAAAUAUUAAUUAAUAUAAAUUUUUAUUAUAAAUAAUAUAAAUAAUAAUACAACUGUGACAGCCAAUUUUGUGUUAGUUCAUUUAAUCACGAAAAUCACUGCCGUAAUUUAGUGAAAAAUAAUUUUUUGUUUUGUUUAUAUUUGUACCUUGAGGAUUUGUAUUUUUAGUUGAUCAUUUUUUUUUCUAAAUUAAAGUGUGUGUAUUUUUGUGCUAAAAAAUAUAAACGUAAUUGAUUUUUUGUUGUUAAAUUUUUAAGAAAGACAUGAAAAUUUAAGGCUAACAAAAAAAAAAUCAAAUGUCAAAAUCAAUAUUUUUUUGAAAUAAUUUUCAUGUUGAAGGACAAAUAUUGAGCUUGACAUUGUUAAUAAUCACAUGAGACAUUAAAUAAACAAGAUAAGUUUAAUUUAAAAAUAAAAAUAACAAUAAAAAAUUGAAUAAUGAAUACGUGAUGUUGAUUUUCCCGCGAAUUUCAGUGCCAGAUUGAUUCUCGAUCGGGAUUUCAUUUCUCCUUGAUGAUGUUGUAAAACAACAUACAUCAAAAAUAAAAAUUAAAAAAAAAGAAGAGAGAGAUAAAAAAAAAAAAAGCAAAUGGCAAUAUUUAUUUUUGAUUAAUAGUUGAUAAAAUAUGGCGUAUAAAUUUAGAGAAGAAAUUGUGGGCAAGAGGUUUUUGUCAGUGAGUGGUUUUGGUCAAAUUAAAGUUAAUAAAAUCAGUGAGUGGGGUUGGAGAUGUGGUGUUAUACGAGCUGCAAGUCACAGGGAUAAUAAUUGCCUCGAUCUUCAGUUGCUGGUUGAGUAUGACGAUGUCGAAUGGAGAAGACGUGAAUGGUUAAUUCCACAUCGUGAUUUACAAUUUUCAUUGUUUCUCAUUGAAAAAAAUCUCUACUGGGCUGAUAGACAAGAUCCAAGACAUUCAAAUAGUCUAGUACCAAUUGAUCAACACUGUAAUAAUAAUAAUCAACAUCGUUCAAAUGGAAGAUCAAUAAAAUCCACAUCAACAACAAAUACAACAAUUAAUUGGCCUGCAAUUAGCUUUUAUCCGCUAGUUGCAAGAGUUGAAUUGGAAAAUGAAUUGAUGCCUGUCGAGUUUUUACAUGAUAAAAAACUUGAAUUUAUUGAUUAUACCACCCUCAAGCCAUUUGUCGAUUGGGAGUUGACAAAGACAUCAGUAGAAUGGGCGAAUGCUGCAAGAAAAUGGUCAGAAAUGCAAGAUUCACAGAGAAUACUUUUGAACACACCAAGUGUACUUGUUGGAUACAGAGUUGAAGUUUAUCGUGCUGAAGGUACAACUCAAUGGUACACUGCUGUUAUUGUCGGUUACAAUGAAUCCACCAAGGAGUUGACAGUAACUGAUGACACUGUCUUGGAAGAUCACAGUGAAGAUCCAGGACUUGUACAAAUCAGAGUCCUUGGAGAUAGAGUUGUGGAAAGUAUCAUGAGGGGCGAGGUCGUCGGCAUGACGCCGAGGAGGUCGAGGUCGUCGACUGGACUGAUGACGCACGCGAUCGUCGUGCCUCGAGUUGGUAGAAGACCUCGUGGACGUCCAGUAAAUACACCAAUAGCUGCAGUGCCACAAAACAUUGUCACCCAGCAAAUUGAUAAAGAUAAGAGCAGCAAUACGAGAAGUAAUCGUCGUGGUCGUAUAAGUGAAGGUAGUGUAAAAGACAAAACAGACGAAUCACGUAAAGAAGAUCGUGAAAAUAAAGGUCCACCAACAAAACCAGGAAACCGUCCACCUCGUCCAGUACUUGAAGAAACAAAUAACGCUUCAAGUAGUAGUAGUAAAAUUAAAAAAAAAAAUUCACUUAAAACAAUUGAAGGAAAUUCAAGAAGACCUGUUCGUGGUAGAAGAGCAGCAGCAGCAUCAUCAUCAUCAACAACAACAACAACAUCAUCAUCCUCUUCGUCAUCAACAACAACGACCACAAAGUCAAAUCCAAAUUGUUCAAUAGACGAAGAAAAUAAAUUAGCAUCAAAAGUUAAAGUAAAUUCAAGGCUUUCAUCAGGUAAAUCAUCUGAUUCUGAAGAAGAGCCUGAAGACGAACAAUCAGAACUUGAAGAAAAAGAAAAACAAGAAGAAAAAGAUAACGAAAAACAAGAAAUAAAUGAUGAUAAAAAAAUUAUAAAUUGUGAAUCAUUAAUUGAUGAUAGUAUAACAGAUAAUAAAUUAAAUAAUAUAAUAAAAAAAGAUAAUAAUAUAUCAUCAAUAUCAGAUAAUACAAAUAAUUCAUUAAUUGAAAAUAAAAAAAUUGAAAAAUCCGAAGAAGAAAGUGAAUCAAGAGAACGUGAUCGUGAACCAGAACCACCACCUUCAUUAAUAAUUGAUGAUAAUAAUAAAAAUAUUGAUAAUAUAAAUAAUAUUAAAAUUGAACUGGAUGAUAAUAUAGAUAAUAAAAAAGCCAACGUACUGGAUAGAUUAAAAAAAUUAGAAGUAGUGGCGGGACAUAUUAAUAAUACGUUAAUUCAAGAAGAGCAAGAUCGUAUAAGACACAAUGAGAGUCCUAUUAUAUUAUCUGAAAGAAUAAAACAACAGCCAAGAAAUCAACAACAUCAACAAGUUCGUUUUGUUAGUGGUCAUGGUAGUCAUGGUGGUCAUUUAGAACCACCAAAUUAUCAACAAAUAUAUACAACAAAUAGUCCAAUUAAUAAUAGUAAUAGCAAUAGUAAUCAAUUGUUGGUUGAUGUAAGUGAUAAAGUUAUUAAUAGAGAUGAUACCGGCAGCCACCUCAUGGAGGUGGAAGCCGGGACAAUUAUUGGAUCAAAUGGAGUACCAUGUAGUAUCAUUGGUAUUAAUCCAAUACCACCAAAAUCAUCAGUAUAUGGUGACAGUGGAUCAGACAGUGGUAUUAGUUCAUUAAAAAGUGCUGGUUCUGGUGAUGAACGUAGUGGUAGUAGAAGUUCAGCAUUAAGUACUGAAGAAAUACCAUCACCAGCACGUGUUUGGCAUGUACAAAGUGUACAACAUACAUCAUUGAUGAUGGCACAUCCUGGUGGUAUUGGACAAACAACAACACAAACAAUUAAUACAACAACAUCAGCUGCAGCAUCAGCAGCAACAACAACACCACAAGUUGGUUAUCAAUCAUCAACAAGUGGACAUCAUCAACAACAUCAUCAUCAUCAUAAUAGUAAUACUGGUGAUAUGCUUUGGCGACCACCAAGAUAUCCACCAUUGACACAUUCAAUGUUAGCACCUGGACAACAAUUACCAGAUGAAUUAAUUGAACGUGAAAGACAUGAAAGAAUUAUUCGGGAACGAAGAGAAGCUGAAGCACGUGAAAUGGAAAAACGUGAUAGAGAAAGAGAAAGAGAAGCUAAAUUAGAAAGAGAAAAAAGAGAAGAAGCAAGAAAUGCUGAGCAGGCUGUGCACAAACAUUUUCAAGAGUCAUUGAGACUUGCUCAUCAAAAGGUAUCUUAUGUUCCACAGGGAAAUCGGCCAGCAAUGGCAUGGAAUAGUUUUAUAACACUGCCACCACCAGGAAGUAGAAAUCAUCCUGGUGCACCAUCACAACAACAACAACAACAACAACAUCCAAGUACAACACAGCAUGGUGGUCAUCAUCAUUCAGGUGUACCAACAAGUCAUUCAGUUAGUGUUGCUCAACAACAACAGCAACAGCAGCAACAGCAACAACAACAGCAACAACAACGUGAAAGAGAAGAAAGAGAUGCUAGAGAACGUGAAGCACAAGGAAGAGAACGUGACAGAGAACAUAUUGCUGCUAUGGAAAGAUUACAUAGACAAGCUGAGGCUCGUGAUCAUCAUGCAGCUCAACAACGUGCAGCAUAUUAUGCUGCUGCAAAUGCAACACCAAAUCCUCAACAAGUUUUACGACCAUCAAGUGUACCAACUAAAGUUGAUUAUGCACCACCACCACCACCAGCUCAUUCAAGAACAUCAAAAUCAUCAAUACAAGUAUCAUCACAUCAUGAUAAAUCACAAGUUAUUGGAGCAUCACCUCUACCAAAAGCUGAGCCAAAUGUCAGUUUAUUUGGUUAUCCUGGUUAUCCACAACAAGGAUCAUAUAUGCAUGAUAUUAAAGUUAAAAAUGAAAUGGUACAUAAACAACAACAACAACAUAUGACAGGAAAAAAUAUUGAACGUGAUCAUCAUGGUCGUGAAUUAUUACCAAAUCCACCUCCAUUAAUGUCAGAUCAAAAAUCAUCAGUUAUUGUUAAAAAUGAUCGUAAUGAUCAUCAAAAAAGUCAUUCAUCAAGUCCAAAAAUGAUGUCAUAUUUAAAUGUACAACAAAUGCCACAACAACAACAACAACAGCAGCAACAACAACAGCAGCAUAAAACAGUUGGUUAUGAAUAUAGAAGUCCAACACAAAGUCCACAUCAUUUACAUCAUUUAGAAAAUUUACAAACAAAAGGAGGUGGAGGUGGAGGAGGAGCUGGUAAUAAUAUGCAACAAAGUCAUCAUAGACAACAAACAAUAUCAACAAAUUUAUCUUCUUCACCACAUGGCCAACAACAACAACAACAACAGCAACAACAACCAUCUCAUUCACACAAUAGCAGACAAUCACCCUUGUCACAUCCUCAUCAAACACCACAUCCUUCACCACCAGAAUCACGUUAUAUAAAUAGACCAGAUCCAAAUUUAUCAUAUGCAAAUCAAAAAACAGCAUAUUCAUAUCCUCAUCCACCAACAGCAUCACCAACAUCUCAUUAUCCUCCAACACCAAAUUCAAAACCAAAAGUAUCAUCUCCAGCACCACCUCAUAUUUAUGGUAAACCAAAUUCUGGUAUUAUGACAGGUACACCAGUUUGUCGUGCAUCUGAACCAUCAAUAACAGUAUCACCAUUACCAUUAACAUCAAAAGCUGGUAAUUUGCCUUAUCAACAAGUGCCUCAUAUACAUGGUGUACCAUCACCACAGUCAUUACCACCACCACCAGCUCAUUCAAGUAGAUCUGCAUAUGAAUCAAGAUAUCAAAAUUCUUUAUCGAAUACAAAUAAAUUACCAUUACCACCUCCAUCAUUGGCACCACCACCACCUCCACCACAAUCAUCGUCGUCGUCGGCAUCAUCGUCGUCGUUAUCAACAACAUUAUCAUCAUCAUCAUCGUCGUCUUCAUCAUCAUCACCAAUUGUUGCUCUAACACCAAGACAACAAUUAACAAAUGUACAUAAUUUACAUCAUCAUUCAAUUACUCCAGUACAAAUACAUUCACAACAAAUAACAACAAAUGUAAAUUCAUUUCAAACACAACCACUUGAUUUGGGAAUUGAAAGAUCUGGUAGUCCAAAACGUAAAUCUGAUAUUGGUAUUAUUGAUAAUCAAGGUGCAUUGGAAAUUAAAAAACGUAGAAUUGAUGAACAAAUUAUGACAUAUUCAAAUAUUCCAAAUCAUCAUCAACAAUUAUCGCAACAUCAACAAUCACCACAACCACAACCACAUCAAUAUCAUCACCAUCAACAACAACAACAACAACAGCAGCAGCAACAAAUGCAACAACAUCAACAGAUGCAACAACAAAUACAACAACAACAGAUGCAACAUCAUCACCAACAACAACAGCAACACCAGCAUCAACAGCAGCAGCAGCAACAACAUCAGUUACUGCAGCAGCAACAGUUGCAUCAUCAUCAACAACAACAACAGCAUCAACACCAACAACAACAACACCAACAGAGCCAAGCAAUAUUAACGAGGGUAUCUGAAUCCAGUCCAUUAGUUGCAUCAACAGCAACAACGAUAACUCCUGUUGUUAAUAAUCUUAAUAAUUCAUCAAUAAUGUCACCACAACAGCCACAACAGCCACAACAACCACAACCACCAACAUUACCAGAACAAAAUUUAAUAUCAAUAAGUCCAGCACCAAGAACAGCAUCUGGUGAUGGUUCAUUGAGACCAUCAAGUGCUGGUAGUGUUUGUUCAAGUUUAAAUCAUCAACAAAAUAAUAAUACAGUAUCAAGUCCAAUAACAGUAUCAUCACCACGUCCACCAUCAGCAGCACCAUCACCAGCUCCAAGUGCACCAGGUACACCAGCUAAAACAGCACCAACAACUGAUAGUGAAAAAUCAAAUUCACCAGCACCAAGACCACCAAGUACAACAAAUUAUCCAGUUCAUAAAUUAAAAAAAGCAUGGUUACAAAGACAUUCUGGUGAAGAUGGUACUGAAGAUACAACUGGUGUUGUUGGUAGUGGUUCUUGUGUAACAUUACCAUUAAAUAUAACACCAUCUUUACCACCAUCAUCACAAACAAUUAAUAAAGAGAGAGAAAGUACUGUAAAUAAUAAUAGUAAUAGUAGUGGUGGUGGUGGUACAUGUAGUUUACCAAGUGCUGUUAAUUCAAUUCAUAAUAUUGGUAGUAUGGCUGUUAAUAGCAUUAAUAAGACUAAAGUUGGAGCUAAAAGUGGAAGAAAACCAGCAAAUAAAGAUGUUGCCAAUGGACAUGCCAAUGAGUCUAAAAAUCUACAAGAAGAUUCAUCAAGUAGUGAUCCAGAAAGAAAAUCACCACCCAAGAGAAAACCCCCCAAGGUAAAACGAAAAAAGGGAGCCGCGAGGAGACAACAAAUUGCCGCGGAAGAACAAAAAAGAAGAAAAGAAGAAAAGCAGAUUGUUGUUGCUGCUGGUGCAAGUGAUUCAAGCAACGAGAGUGAAGCUGGUUCAGCAAGUGACGCCAGUGAGCCAUUGAGUAACAUCAUACAGACCAUGUCAAGACGUAAUCCAACAACAACAACAACAACGACAAACGCAAACAACACUACAGAAAACGGAAACAGUAAAGAGCCUCGAAAACGAGGUAGGCGUCCGAAAACGGCGAAAAAUAAUGACACAAGUGGAACAGGAGGAGGAGGAUCAGGUGGUGGUGGUGAUGACCAACAACCACUUAAAAAAAAAGAAAGAAGAGAUGACAGUAGUAGCAACAGUGGCAAUGGCCAAGGUGAAAAAGACCAAGGAAAUGGUGGCAAUGGUGACCAAGGUCAACAAAACGAUAAAAAACCAACAAUUGCGGAACUCAAAAAAUCAGGGGACAGUUGGGUACAAGAUGACUGCUGCGGUAGUUUCGUCGCAAGAGUUGUAAAAUGUCGUGAAUGUCGAAUGACACCAAAUCAACGACGUAAAAAUUUACCUAAAAAUAUAUUUUGUCGUUUCUAUGAAUUUCGAAAAAUGAGAUAUACUAAAAAUGCACAAUUAGCUAUUGCUGGUUUUUGUGAUCCAACAAAAGAUGCAUCUGAGAAAGACAUGAAACUUUGGUUGCCAGGAAAUCAUAAACAAGACAUUGUACCAGUUAAAAUUGAAAAAAUUGAAAAAAAUGGAUCAAAAUCAGAUGAUCAUGAUGAUGAUGACGAUGAUGAAGAAAAUAAUGAUAAAAAUGCAAUUGAAAAAGCUGAAUUAGAUUUAGAAAUGGCUCAUCGUUUGUUAAGUCAAGUUGGUGAUCAUUUUUGUGAUCUUUUUCAUCAAGAAAAAAACACAUUCCAAGAGCAUGUACCAGAUGAUGGUACUGUUGCAUGGAAACGAGUGAUACAAGGAGUUCGUGAAUUAUGUGAUGUUUGUGAGACAACAUUGUUCAAUUAUCAUUGGGUUUGUGGUCGAUGUGGUUUCGUUGUUUGCAUUGAUUGCUACAAGGAUCGAAAAAAUAAGACUGGUAAAAUUUGGGGUGAUAGUGGAAAAGAUCGUGAUGAUUUUUCAUGGCUACUUUGUGGUAAUCGUACUGUACAUGAUCCUGAUCGUUUAAUGUUAACUCAAAUAAUUGCUGGUGAUGGUUUAUUUCAACUUGGUCAACAGCUACAUGAUGUACGUGCUGAAUGGGGAAUACCACAACAUUGUUUAUGUACAAUUAAAACAGUUGUACAAAAAAAUGAUAUACUCAAAAAUUUAAUAACUGGUAUGAGUUCAUCAUCAGCAUCAUCAUCAUCAGAUAAUAAAACAAAUGGUGAUGAUCAAAAUUCACGUUUAAAAUGGCUUGCUGAAGUUGCAUUACAAAAUCAAGAACCAAACCAACAACAACAAAAAAAUAAUUUACAAAUAAAAGAAUUAAAAAAUGAUAAUAAUGAUAAAAAUCAACAACAACAACAUCAUCAUAAACAUGACAGUGCAACUGAUUCAGAUUCAGAUGAAGAUAAAGAUGGUAAUUAUUCAACAUUACGUGAGUUAUUAAUACGACCAAGUAACAAAUCAAAUGGUGGCAAUGGUAGUCGUUCAAAUUCACCAACAAAUAAUUUAACACAUCAAACAUCAUCAACGUCAUCAACAUCUUCAUCAUCAUCAACAACAACAACAACGACAACAAGUACCACAACAACAACAUCAACAACAAAUUCAUCAUCAUCAUCACAAAAUAAUACACCAAAAGUAGCUAAAAAAUCUAAAAUGGAUACACUGGAUGAAGUUAUAUCAAGUGUCAUUGAGCACAGUGUUAAUAAAGAAACAGAUAAUAAAAAUAGUAAUGGUGAUGAUGAUGAUGAUGAUGGUAAACCAAGAGAGCUAAAACAUUUUGUACGUCGUUAUAAAUGGACUCAACGUGGACGUGAACCAUUACCAAUACGUAUUAUGACAUUAACUGAAUCAACAAGUUUAUAUCCUGAUGUACCACAUUCAUGGUUAUGUGAUGGUAAAUUAUUAAAAUUAAAUGAUCCAAAUAAUCCAAAUAAUUAUAGGAUAUUUCAAGAUCAAUGGAAACGUGGACAGCCAGUUAUUGUAUCAGAUGUAUCAAAAUCAUUGAAUAUGAAGCUAUGGCAUCCAGAUGCAUUUGCUAAAGAUUUUGGUGAUGAAAAAAAUGAUUUAAUAAAUUGUAUGACUGGUAAUUUAGUGCCAAAUCAACCAAUGAGAAAAUUUUGGGAAGGUUUUGAAAAUUUUUCAAAACGUUUAAAAGAUGAUAAAGGUAAUUCAAUGUUAUUGAAGUUAAAAGAUUGGCCACCAGCUGAUGAUUUUGCUGAAUUAUUACCAACAAGAUUUUCUGAUUUAAUGAAAGCAUUACCAUUAUCUGAAUAUACACAUCGUAAUGGACGUUUAAAUUUAGCAAGUAGAUUACCAGAAUGUUUUGUAAGACCAGAUUUAGGACCAAAAAUGUAUAAUGCAUAUGGCUCAGCAUCAUAUCCAAAUAAAGGUACAACAAAUUUACAUUUAGAUAUUUCUGAUGCUGUUAAUGUUAUGGUUUAUGUUGGUAUACCAAAAGAUGGUGAUAAUGAUGAACAUGUUAAAGAAGCAUUAAGAGCUAUUGAUGAAGCUGGUUGUGAUGUAUUAACUAGAAGAAGAGUUAGAGAUCGUGGUGAAGCACCUGGUGCAUUAUGGCAUAUUUAUGCUGCACGUGAUGCUGAUAAAAUACGUGAUUUAUUAAAUGCUGUUGCAUUAGAAAAAGGUGCUAGACUUGAACCACAUCAUGAUCCAAUACAUGAUCAAAGUUGUUAUUUAGAUGGUCCAUUAAGAGAACGUCUUUAUAAAGAAUAUGGUGUUGAAGGUUAUUCAAUUGUACAAUGUCUUGGUGAUGCUGUAUUUGUACCAGCUGGUGCACCACAUCAAGUACGUAAUCUUCAUAAUUGUAUUAAAGUUGCUGAAGAUUUUGUAUCACCAGAAAAUAUAUCACAUUGUUUUCAUUUAACACAAGAAUUUCGUGCAUUAUCUGAUGCACAUACUAAUCAUGAAGAUAAAUUACAAAUUAAAAAUAUUAUUUAUCAUGCUGUUAAGGAUUCAUUGACUAUUCUUGCUGAUGCUAAAGAAGAAGCUUUAAAUAAAAUCAAAUCUGAUACAACAAACAAAGAAGAAACGUAGCAAACUUUAUAAAUUUUAAAUGAAUAAUUAAUUUUUUUUUUUCUUUUUUAUAAUUUAAUGAUAAGAAAAACAUAACAAAAAAAAAUUUAAAUAAUUAUCUUGCUAUUUUGUGUAAAAGCUCAAAAACAAAACAAAACAUGGCAGCAAUUUUUUUUUUUGAAAUUAAAUAACUUGGAGGAUUUUAUUGCUCCGCAAAAAUCGACGUUAAAUAUGUCGUAGUUUGUUGUGAUAUUUAAUGACUAUUAAGUGUGAAAGUUUAUAAAUAAUUAUAAUUAUUUUCCCUUAAAACUUUACCAAUUGGCUGAGCCAUUUGGGCCCGGUGUUUAUUAAUUCGUUAAUACUUUUUAUUACUACUUUUAUUCUAUUUUUUUCUCCCCAAAUUUCCUCUCUUAUUAUAUAAAUGUAUGUAAGUUGUAAAAUGUAUAAAUAUUAUUUUUUUUUUUUGUACCCAUUUGAAAGAGUUUCAAUUAAAUAACAGACAAUGAAGUCUAAUUAUUAUCUACAAUUAUUAUUAUUUUAUUGUGGAUUUGGGAUCCCAGGAUCUUGCAUCCAAAUACCAUUGUGAUACCAGGGGGUCUUUGGAUCAUAAAAUUAUUUAAUAUAAAUAAUAAAAUCGUUUGUAAUUAAUUAUAUUGUGCCUGUAUUUAAUACACACUGUCUAUUCUACAUGAUAAUUUAAUUUAUAUUACAUAAGUUUAUGUAUAAUUUAUACAUAUAUUAUAUAUAUUUGUAUAAGUUUAUCUGUAAAUGUAGAUAAUUGAUUUAUUAAAAAAAAAACAUUUAAGUACUAAAAAAAAAAAAAAAACACUUUUAAUGAGUAAACAAUUUAUUAUAUAUUUUUUUUUUUUUUUCCAUUCAAAGGCUAUUUAAUUCGUGCAAUUUGUCAUCAGCUUCUCAAAGCCAUAUGUUUAUUAUGGAUAGUAUAAAUAUUAAUUUAAUAUUGAGGAGCACAAACAUUGCCUUUGAACAAAAAAAAAAAAAAAAUAUUAUAAAUUUAUAAAUACCACGUUCAAUGAUUCAGUAAUUUUUUUUAUUUUUUAUUAUUUUUUUAUUAUAGACACAUACUCAUACACGUUGGGCAUGAUGUCCAAUUUAAAUUGGUCUUUUUUUUUAUUUGAAAUUAACAACGAGCAUACUGAGAUUGACUUUAGUAAAUUUUUUUUUUUUUUAAAUUUAAUCUAGAUGAUACAUGACAGUAAUUUAGAUGAAUUUUUUUUUUAAUAAUAUUUUUAUUGUUGUUGUUUAUGGCUCAAUGUCAAUUUGAUAUUGAUUAUCUCUUUUUUUUUUUUAUUAUUUAAAUGUGCCAAGUUAAUUUGAUUGUUAUUUUAAAAAAUCAAGUUAAUCUCAGUAAUUUUUUAGUUGAAAAAAGGAUUAAAAUUAACGGAGAUAAUUAAAUAAAUAAAAAUGAACGUGGGUCAAUGUGUAUAAACAUGUAAUAUUUAAAAA